GUUUGUAGCAACUGCAUUAAUGUUAGUGCUCUGUUGGUGUUGAGUCAGAGGAAUCACUACCAGAGAAUGCUCCACACAUGUCAGUAACAUGGCCUCCAGUUCCUUGGGCAGACGACUGGUGGCUUGUCUCCUCAAUGUUUCUGAGGCUCGCAGGAAAGAGCUGGUGGAGACUGUGGCCAAAGCGGCUUUAUACAACACCGAAGGUGUUAGACGAGAGGGGACCACAGUGCUGAACAUCUUUAACGAUCAUGACUAUAACCGCUCUGUGAUAACCAUUGUGGCCAGCAUCGACUCUAUCAGGGAGGCGGUUCUGUCGGCCUGUGAGAAAGCCUGUGGGCUGAUUGACAUGUGUGCUCACACGGGGGUCCACCCAUGUAUGGGUGCCGUCGAUCUCAUACCCAUCUACCCCCUGGGGGAGGAAGUGCGAGUGGAGGACUGUGCUAAAGAGGCUCGGGCUGUGGCUCAGGGACUUACAGAGAGGGUCCAGGGCACCAGUGCCUUCCUGUUUGGCUGGGCAGAUUCCCCCCUUCAACGGGGGCUGGCGCAGAGAAGGAAGGAGAUGGGCUGGUUCAAGAAGACGCCAGACUUGCAGGCGAUCAGGCCCGACCUGGGGCCACAGCCGCAGAGACGAUUCGGCCUCACAGGUGUUGGGGCCAGUCCAUACGUCAUGAACUGCAACGUCACUAUCAACACCCAGGACAUCGCCAUGGGACACAGCAUCGCCACAACCAUUAGAGAGUCGACCCCUGGGGGCCUACCAGGAGUGCAGGUGCUGGCUUUGCCACAUGAGGGUGCUGUGGAAAUUGCCUGUAAUGUGGAAAGUGUGAAGGGGAGCACGCCUAGUCACUUGACUGCAGGUGAACCCUGGCCGUCUUUCAGCAUCGACGGACAGCUGUACUGUCACGCUCCAGCUUCCCUCAUCACAGCGAGGGUUGCAGAGCUGGCAGGAAGGAAGGGGGUUGGCACGAAGGGCAUGGCAUUGGUGGGGUUCACUCCCCGUGAGUGCAGGGGCUUAGCAGAGUUAGCACUGUCUGAAGGGAUUGCGGAGUUCUGGAAAGAGCAGCGCAGGAUCCGUAUGUGAAAACUAAUCGUUGCCUAAACCAGUAAAACCUCAAACAAUCUUGGUUCAAUGUCACUUUAAUUAUCAUGACAAUGGAUCAUCUGUUAAACACCUCUGUUACCGUUGGUGCAUCUGUCAAGCUUUUCCAGGUCGCUAGCUAAUUUCAUCAGCUGUAGUUAUCUAGAGUUAGCUAAUUAACUAACAACACGACUGACCAGUUUGGUUGAAACUUAUAGCUGAAUCGGUAAUGUUUCCAGCUGACUUGUAGUAAAACAAGAAGCCAUUAAAAGGGUCUUAAAUAUGCACAUGAUGGCUACAUACGUAAUAUGCUCAUAAAAUGCUAUUAAGGCUCAAGCUGCACGCCCCAGACAUGCUCACACGGGGUAUCACUAGUUAACCUUAGUAUAAUACAGUAUUAUAGAUACAAAAUGUAAUUAAAGCACAUUCAUUUUAACAUAACCUUGAUUUUGUUGAGUCCUAAUUUAACGUUUAAUCCCACAAAAUAAUCUAGUUAGCUAACACUAUGCUCUGUGGUUUUGGAAGUCAUGCUAGGGUAGUGUCGUAGCUAGUUAACCAAGCAUGCUAAUAUUUGAAGCAUAUGUUAAAGCAGAUAAACACACCGCUGAAUCCAUCAAUAAUUUGCUCUUGUAUUUUUUGGUUUUGGACAGGAAAAUGAAAAGUCUCACCAACCUCUAAACACCAAACUUGGUUUUACUACAGGUACAUGGUACAGGUACACUACUUAAGCAUAGUGAAAAAUCCAAAGCGGUUGGCAAAUGGUCAAUUUAACUGUCUGAGUGUAAUGCUCAUUUAAUUGUUUACAGCAAUGUAAAUGCACUAAUUGUUUUAACUGAAACUUUAUUUACUCAAAGCUUAAUACUGUUGUAACAGUAAAUUAGAUUACAAAUAAGUAUAGAGAAUGAUAUACUUGCUGAUGAGCAGUUGUCUUUG